GUUCCUGAGGCUGGCCCAGUCUGCAACUCGCGUGACUCCCCUUGAGUGAAGCGCCCUGAGCCGUGAUGGCGAGGGCCUAAGGGAAGGCGCUGACGGGCCUAGGGCCGCCUUCCCUGGCUGCCCUCGGCCUCCCAGUCCGGAGCUCCUGCCCCUGCCGUUGCUAGGCGGCCGCCUCUGGGCGCAGAGGGCGGGGCAGGCUUAUGGGGAAGGGGCUGGCUGCCUGUGCGUGGGAGGGGCUGUGACUUUGGAGCAUACCUGUGCCAGGCAGAAGGCCAUGGAGCAGUACUGCAUCUUGGGCCGCAUAGGGGAGGGCGCUCAUGGCAACUUUUUCAAGGCCAAGCACGUGGAGACUGGAGAGAUCGUGGCCCUCAAGAAGGUGGCCCUACGGCGGCUGGAGGAUGGCAUCCCCAACCAGGCCCUGCGGGAGGUCAAGGCCCUGCAGGAGAUUGAGGACAGUCAGUAUGUUGUGCAGUUGAAGGCUGUGUUCCCGCAUAGUGCAGGCUUUGUGCUGGCCUUUGAGUACAUGCUGUCAGAUCUGGCUGAGGUGCUGCGCCAUGCCCAGAGGCCACUGGCCCAGGUGCAGGUCAAGAGCUAUUUGCAGAUGCUGCUCAAGGGCAUUGCCUUCUGCCAUGCCAAAAACAAUUGCGCAUUGGGACCUGAAACCAGCCAACUUGCUAAUCAGCGCCUCACGCCAGCUCAAGAUAGCAGACUUUGGCCUGGCCUGGGGCCUUUUCCCCAGAUGGCUGCCGCCUCUACAUGCACCAGGUGGCCACCAGGUGGUACCGAGCCCCUGAGCUCCUGUAUGGUGCCCGCCAGUACAAUCAGGGUAUCGACCUGUGGAGAUGACUACAACAAGAUCUCCUUCAAGGAGCAGGUGCCCGUGCCCUUGGAGGAGGUGCUGCUGGAUGCCUCUCCCCAGGCUUUGGUCUUUCUGGGGAGGUUCCUCCUCUACCCUCCACUCCAGCGCAUUGCAGCCUCCCAGGCCCUCCUGCACCAGUACUUCUUCACAGCUCCCCUGCCGGCCCACCCCUCGGAGCUGCCGAUUCCCCACUGCCCAGGGGGACCUACCCCCAAGGCCCACCCAGGGUCUCCCCACGUCCAUGACUUCCAUGUGGACUGGCCUCUGGAGGAGUCGCUGUUGAACCCAGAGCUGAUUUGGCCCUUCAUCCUGGAGGGCUGAGAUGCUGGGCCAGGCCCCGCCAGCGUGCUCCCCACCAGAACCACCCAGGCCUCUUGUUCCCCAGCUCUGUCCUGAUUCAGCCACAGGCUGUACCUGGUCCUCCUCUCAGCUGGGUGAUGAGGACAUCCAGCCCCAGCAGAGGGCACCUGCGGCCUGCGCUGUCAGCUCCCAUCUGUGUGCUGCUGACAGGUCCAUCCAAGGAGGCAGUGAGUGCUGCUGCUGUGUCUGCCACCGUGCUGCUUCUCUAGCUGCCACCUUCUUGGUCAGGGACGGCCUCGGUAGAGCCAUCUGUGGGAGCACUGAGUGUGAGAUGUCAGAAACCCAAGUGGGAAGGGAAGUGUGGUUUGAUUUUGUUCUCAGAGACAUUAAGCACUAGUUCAAUUCUGAGAUUUAGGAUAAAACCCAAAUAGUCCUACCUGAUGUGUACCCCUCUUCUGCUCCUGUUGAGGGACAUGCCUGAGGUAGCAUGGUCUCCUGGCCCUUGCUUGUCUCUGGUCACUUGGAAAGUAGCCCCAUUCAUGGCCACCUUAGUCUUGGGGACUUUCUAGGUGCUUCAUGUUUUGAAGCUCCCACUUGAAGGUGAGAUGACAGAAGUCAAGGCCAGGGAUGGCUCAAGUUGGGGACCCAAUAAGUGAACCUCCACAUCUUUUCUUUUUUUUCUUUUUUAGGGCUGAACCUGUGGCAUAUGGAAAUUCCCAGGUGAGGGGUCAAAUCACAGCUACUGCUGCCAGCCUACACCACAGCCACAGCAACACCAGAUCCAAGCCUCAUCUGCAACCUAUACCACAGCUCAUGGCAAGACCGAAUCCCCAACCCUCCAAGCAAGCUCAGGGGUUGAACCUGCAUCCUGAUGGAUCCUAGUCAGGUUAAUAACCCCUGAGCCAUAAAGUGAACUCUGUGACCCUCCACAUCUUAAUCUGGUUACAUCACCCUCAGGAUAAGCAUGAACCAGGACCACACGGGCCACCUCCUUAAUCAGAGACACCAGGCAAAUAGGACAGAUCUUCCUGAAACUCAUUUGUUAACUCAGUAAAUCUCAAUACAGUCUGAACUGGCUCUUG